AUGCCAAAGCUGGCGAACCAUCUGUGUGGGCAUUUUUCUCACUUCAGCCUUAGAAAGGGGCAGUGUUGCCUGGUCGGCGCAGGGAAGAAGGAGGGAAGUGGGAGAGUGGGAGCCUCCUUCCUUCCUUCAUUCAGAUGGGUGCUUGACUUUCGCUGUCUCGCUCCUUCCUUGGCCCUCACCAGGAACUGCCCAGUCCUCUCCCCCUGGCUGGAGUCAGCACUUGCUGCCGCUAGCUGCGCAAUGAGCUCUCACAACAAAUUGCAUUCAAGUCUGGUUUGCUUGGGAAAUGCUGGCCACGAACUGACAUCUGGAGCGAUGAGGUCACAAAAUUCAAUGCCCAUCACUGGCAACGGGACGAGAGAGGGCCACCUGACCUCUGCCACAGAUCACAGAGAGGCAAAGCAAAAAGCCACCAUAAGGCGCGAGGCGACCGAUUUGGUCCUAUCUGCAACUAUUGACUGGUCGGAUUACAUCGGCAACCACCAGAGGACGUCAUUCCCAGGUACCAGUCGUCUCUUGUUGGUGUUUUAUUGA